ACAAUGCGCCUUCCGCCUACCGACAGAUUUGUUGAUGCUCUUUACCCCAAAGGAUUUCCGUUUAACCAGAUUUCUCCCCCCACCCCGAUUUCAGAAUUGAAAAUGAACGUAACAUGAACACGGGAUUAAAAAGCGCUCCUGUUCUGUACAAAUUGUGGUGACAGACAUGCGCAGAACAGCGUCUGUUCGGAACGUUUCUGUAAAACUUUCAAUGUCUUAGAAGAUCUGAGGCUAACAGCUAGCUGGAAUAAGCUGUCCCCGUCCAAGACGGUGGGAGAAGUAACGAGAUGUUGGUAAAAAGUAAAGUUCUGUCAUUAAUGACAUUCUUUAACUAAACUGUUGAACUUUGAGGUUUGAUUUGUGCUUCAACUGGUGACCGCUGGCUACUGAAUGGAUGAAAGCAACACUCAUGCAGGUUGCUUUCAUGCAUUCACUGCUUUAAAUCCAACCAAAGUUGUUCACCAUCACCUGGAUACGAACAAGAAGAGCUGCACCACCCAGUCAUGAUAGCGACGAGGAAUCAUGUCUCAAUGAGGUAACUGGUCAUGUCACAGUCCCUGCAUCGAGCUGAGAUUCUGUUCAGAAGUACUUUUAAUCCCAGUUUGAAGUGUCUGUUCCAUGUUCCGAGUCAAGAUGAAGAGGAGGAAAACCUUGUUGCGGCUCACAACCUUGUGUCGCGCUCCUCUGCACGACUGCAGCGAAUGCAGCAGCAUCUUCUGACAGUGGUGUUGCAGGGCCCACCGGUGGGAGGGGGCCAGAUGGGAUCCCUACCAGGGCAGUACAGAGCUCUGUGGAGGCUCUUUGAGCAGCGAUCUCUCCUGCUCUUCAUACAUGAAUACACCAGAAGGCUUCGUCUGUCAACAGCUUUCAUAUCCAGACUGAAACACUUGUUGCAGCAUCAGCUCAGAGAACUUCACUUCAUGCAAACUCAGGUCCUACCCGGCUCAUCUUCAUCCAGAAUCAGCCUUGUCUCUCUAAGUCAGGAGUUCCGACUUCAUCUGAACCACUGGAGUUUCUUCAUCAGCCGAGUCCAUUCUGACCACUAUCUGAGACAGGCACUAGUUUCACACACCAAAAUGCUAGAGGAGAUGAAACGGACUCUAAGCCUACUUGGUCUACAGCUUUUAUUCCUAAUGGAGCAAUGUGUAUAUGGUAUUCUGUCUGUUAUUGGGAAGACUGAAUUGGACUUGGUACCCAGAGAUGUUCUGGAGGACAUUUUAUCAGGAACAGACCUGUACAGUCAGGCUGUGGAUGAGUAUAAAGUCCAGCUGAGGGUGUUGGUUUUGCAGGAGGCACAUAAAGUCAAAUUCUUUAGCAGCCUUCCAAAGUUUAUAAGACAGCGUGCUUCUGCUGUGUCAGUCAGAGGUCUGAUGAGUGUCUUGGCUGUCCAUCGGGCAGAAAUGAUUGCCAGACUACUGGAUCUCUGGAUUUCUGAGGAGAGCUGUCAUGUUUGCAAGGUUCAUUGCACUCGCCAAACAUUCUGUGAUGACUUCAGGAGUCCAGAGUCUGAAUGCAGUUGUAGCUUUCCCAAGUGGACCUGGGAACAGUUGUGGCAGACAUAUCUGACUUCCUCUCCUCUUCUCGUCAGUAUUCAGCCUUCUGAGCUGAUGUCACAACAAAUGUCUGAUAACUACUCCCCUAUUUACAGCCCUAAUCGCUCCUUGCAGAGUUCUGCUUUAGAAAUUCAACUCCCUGUUUUGGUGAAACUGUCUUCUUUCCAAACUAAAGAAGAAAGCUCAAGAAAAAACAGACCCAGGCAGAGCCAAACAUGCAUACCUCAGUCUGGACUCACUCAGUUCAGUACAGAGGCAGCUCAGUCUAAACUGGAAGGUUUAGGAAACUGUGACUGUCCUUCACCCUCUGUAGCCACCUCCCAUCAUGCCUCAGCCCUGCCUCCUCCUCAGCUGGACCAGUCCUCGGUAGAACCACUGUUUCAGGUCCUCAUGACCUCUACUGACCUGCUGGCUCCAUUGGCAUUUCAAAGGCCAACAUCAGAAGAAGCAGGUGCUCAGCUCGUCUCGGUCUCAGCUCCUGGUGUGGCUGCUUGGAAGGCUGGAUCAGUCGGUGUAACUGCAGCAGGACAGUUUGAGAUGUUCAGCCAGCAGAACGUCGUUGGGACCAACACACAGGACUGCACCCGGGUCAAAACGACAUCAGGAGCAGAUGCUCCAGAAAGUUCUGGUGUUCUGAGGAAUGAGGACUUGAGGAGAGGAGGCAGAGAUGGAACAAGGUUAAGCACUGUGGAGCCAGAGUGUGUUGGUGGGCCUCACUCUGUGCAGUGGAUGGACAUGAGUCGAUCAGUUCUCCUUGCUGAUCUACUCCAACUCUAUCAGUCUCAGCUGUUGGUCUUCUGCACUAAUGCUCUGCGGCUUAAACUCCACAUAGCAGCAGCAGGAAACGCUGCAGGCAGCAUCAACCUUCAAGAUGAUCAUAGGAGCUUCCAGACCUUGCACAGUGUUACUCAUGCUUUAGAGACAGGUCUGUUUCCAAAGGCGUUCCGAACCAUACUGGAGCACUUCAGGAUGUAUUUGUUUGUCCAGUCAGCACACGCCCACUGGGACUCUGUGGCAUGCAGAGGUUUGGGUUCAGCCCUGAAGGACAAAUGUGUCAGACAUGAGAACAGCAGCUUUGCAGCAGCAACUUCAAACGAAGACGAACGAGUCCUGAUAUCGCAGACAAUGACACACUUCCUCCAGCUGCUCCCUCCACUGCUGUCGUCUCUGUGUUGUUGCCAGUCAAACAGCUCAAUAUGUGAAUCUUUUGGCCUCCUCCUGCCCAGCUGUGUACUGCAGAGAUGGACUGUUGGUUUGCUGUUUGCUUCGAUCCAAAUCUCUACAGUUUGGAUCAUGUCCAAAGCACACCAGUUCCUUUCUUCAUGGAGUCCUAAUAAGUUCCUUCUCGUCACCCAGGGAGAUCUCAGAAUGUUGUUGGAGAGCCUGGAGAAGACAAUUGGUCAGACAAAGUCCCUACUCCUAAGUUCAGACCAUCAUCCCAGUCUGCAGAGCCACAGUCAGCAUCUACAGAAGCACCAACUGGAAGCUCUUGAUCGGGCUACAUGUGAGCUGCAGGCGUUCUCUUCUAUGGUGCUGAGCAACUUCUCGGCUGACUGCAAGCGGCUGUCUGGGGAGAUCUUUGAACGCACCAUGCCUUCUGCAGGAUACUGGAGGCCGAACCAGAGGACGGGUUUUCCCAGGAGUCCCAGUGAAUAUGCAUCUCUGGCAGCUCAGACUGUGAUUGGCCAAGUUCUAGAGGCUGUUGUACCAUUGUCAGAAGAUGCUAACGUCCAAGCACUAAUUAUCACGAUGACAGCUUUCAUGGAGGCAUGGAUGGAGCACAUAUUAAGGCAGAAGAUCAAAUUCAGUCUGCAGGGGGCACUGCAGCUGAAAGAAGACUUUGAUUCUGUCAGGGAGAUGAUCAAGUCUGACAAGUAUGGCCUGUCAGCUGAACUUCACCAGAGACUCCUCAGCCUCAGUGUUUUUCAGCAGGUAGACUCGGCUCUUCUAUGUUUGCUGCAGCAGCCACAGGCCAAGCCAUACCUGCAGCGCCCAGCCUGGGAGUCGUUCACACGCUGCUGUAAGUUCCCCACCUUUCAGUCAAACUGUCCAGUUAAAGGCAGCAGAGACAGCUUGGAUACUGCUGCUGUGGGCAGUAACAUAACCAACCUGGGCUGUGUGGAAGGUGAAGAGCUGACUCAGUCUGAUCAGACUGUCCACCCUCCAGUGGACACGUCUCGCCCUGCAGAGCCUUACCUGGCUUUAAGUACGGUGUUGGGUGCGACCCACCAGGAGUGGUUGGACCUCCGGGUCCAUAGCAGUACUCGUCGCUGGCGACUGCCUGGACUGCAGUGUCUGUCCAAGAUGGAACCCUGAACAGAUCUUAGUCAGGCUCAACAGACUAGCAGAAAAACCAUGCUUUCGUUUCCCUUUGUUCAAUAUUUGCAAAGUUUUCACCUGUUCGUAUCAUCAAAAAUGUAUUUGUAAAUAGAUUUUCACACUUACUGCAUGUGUUUUUUUUAUUUCAAUCUGAUGUAGCCCAGUAAUCCAAGCCUGUAAAUGGUUUUAAUGGAGUUAGUUUGAAGUUCUCCCUCCAGCAGAUGGAGUCCCGUUACUCAUGCUGCCAUCUGGCAGACUGGGAUUUGAAAAGAAAGCUCUGACAUUUGAUUGGGGAGGAAAAGAUGUUAAGAACUAAUCUUGUGGGACUCCUCACUAAUACUACUGUUAUCUAGCUUAAGCAGUUGCUAAAAAAAUGGAGACAGAGUCAGAAAUCCACUGGAGACAAGAAUAGUCUCUAGUGGAUUUCCUUCAUCUGCUUUAAGGACUGACUCCUGUUUCUGUUGUCUGUUUUAUGAACCAGGGUUUCUUUGCAGAUGAUGUGGUUCUGUUGGUGUCUUCCAGUUAUGGCCUCAAGCAUACGCUGGAACUGCUUUGCACUUGUAGAUGCAACUCUGCUCCAACACACCUGAAUUGAGUCGCUACACCAGCAGCCAUAUGGCUGAGGAGCAGCUCCUUUGAUUCAGGUCUGUUGGAGCAGAGAUGCAUUUACAAGUUAAAGGGUGGCAGAUCUCCUGUUCUCAAAAAGAAUUGGUGGCCAUCUUGUUUUGGCUCCUGGGUAACUGAUCAUUCCAGCUCUGUGGGCCUUUGUGUGGAAAUUUUUAAAUGAAUUUAACCGUUGAAAUGUGCUGACUUCAAGGGCUAUUUAGUAGCAUAAUUGUUUUGUGAGAAGGUGCAGCUCUCAGCAGUAGCCGCUGAUGGAUUUCUAACACAUGUACAGUUGGAGACUUGAGUAAUGUUUUUUGUUUUUAUUCCUGCCUUUUAAUAAAUACUGUUUACAAAUGGUCUGCUGGAAAUUGGAAUUUCUGAAAUAAACUAUUUUGUGUAGAAAGUCUCCUGCUGUGUUUUCUGAACUUGGGAAAUUUGGUUACUACUUUCAUCUCUUAAAAAGCACCUCAUUAUCUUCAAUAUGUAUUUAGGUUUCUGCAGGAUACUUUUGCCAUGUAAUCAGUCCACUGGUCCCAAUGGCACCUGUAGAUAUAUUUAUCUACGCAUGUGUUAGCGUUGCGGUUAGCAGCCUCUACAACCCACUAGUUCUGUAAACAUUCUCCAUCAGUAGACAGGCGUGUCUUCUGAAACAUAUUUUCUUUAUAUUACUUUUUGGACAAGUUUAAAACCCCAUUCUUACAGUCCUUGGACUCUUGAAGUGCCAGAAGUUCUCUGUUAAAGAGUGAAAACACUGGAUCAAUCAACAACAAAGAAAUUAGCAUUUGUCUUUCAGGAUAUUUUAUUCAAAGGCCAACAAAGAGGUUGUUGAAGAUUCUCAGAGAAAAUUAGAAUUAUUAAAGAAUAUACAUUGCUUCUUAUAGUCUUGUCCUGCAGUGCUUGUCACACAGUUCACAAUUCCUUUUACAAAACUUCCCAUUUCAGCAUCAGCAUACACAAAAAAAGGUGUAAGCUUUAUACUGUUAGGUUCUAAAUCCUUUAACCUUUUUAAAAUGAAAAUAACCCUCAAAAUACCCUGAGUUCAUUUUCCCAGUAAGUAAGCCAAAAUUUUCAUAACAGUAUUAUGUUUUGUUGUUUGUACCAUCCUAACUGAAGAAUAGGGGUGUUUUGCCACAAGAGAAACUGGUACACAUCACAAGGAAAGAACAUGAUAUAUUGAAGUAACAUCUAAAGACAUCAGCCAGGAAGUUAAAGUUUGGGCGCAGACUGACAGUGUUCUUAGGGUUAUUGUCCAUUUGGAAGACAAAAGUGGGUGUAACAACAAAGUCAGUGUUUUGGUGUGGCCACAACAAAGUCCAAAGGGCUGUUUCACAAAAUGAGUAAAACAGUCUCUUAAUUAAACUUUGAUUCGGCUUUACAAAAGCAGUAAUUCUGUCAAGCUAGCCUGCUCCAGACCAGGCUAACCACCAGUCUUAGUUAAGCUUGAAGCAUUAUCUGUUCAGUCAGCGGUCAUACUGGUCAGAAACCGUUAAGUCUUGUCUGUUAUUCCAUUUUCUUAUCUGCUUUGGUACUUUUUUUAUCAUCCUGCUUUAAAACACCAUUAAUUCAUAUUCAGUCAAGUACUAUUAUUAUAACACCAUGAUGUUAGCAAAUAGAAUUAUCCGUUUUAAAAUGACCCAUAUGGCCUCUCUUGCUGUUUGAUUGUGUUUUUGAAGACCUCUGUUCAGUUUGUCACAAAGGCCUUAAUAGACCAUUGCAGAGGAUUAGAGAAAUGAUUGAUAAAGAAACAAAGGCAUUAUUACAAUCAGGUCAAGCUAAAUUAUUUGUGGAAUACCUUACUGAUUAAUUUUAAUCUAACUUAAAAAAAUGUUCAUGACGUAAAUUAACUUUAUUUUUUGCAUAUAAUUAAACAAAUGCAGUUUAAAUCACGCAAUAUUUAAAACAACUACUUAUUUACAUCAUAAACAUACAUUUUGCCCCUGUCCAGGGGGCUGAUAAUAAAAUACAUUUUAUAAGCUCAGCUACAAUUUAUUGAGAAGAACCUGCUGCAGCAGACAGAAAGGGGCGGGGACAGACCAGAUGUGGAAAUGGCGCCAUUACACUCCAGAACUGAAGGGGCGCUAUUUCUUAUAUAAUCUAUAGCAGAGGUGUCAAACUCCAGCCUUCUGUCCUGCGGUUUUUAGAUGUACUACAAGUACAAAACACUGGAAUGAAAUGGCUUAAUUACCUCCUCCUUGUGUAGGUCAGUUCUCCAGAGCCUUGCUAAUGACCUAAUUAUUCUAUCCAGGUGUGCUGCAGCAGAGACACAUGUAAAAGUUGUUGGAUACCAGCCCUCCACAGGUGUCAAACUCUAGUUUGACACAUGUGAUCUACAGUGUGAAGGUUUUUAUCUUUAGAAAUCGUUUUGGAUUCCAGACAUGAUUAAAACAUAAUUAUAAAAUAGAAUAUAUUUGUAUAUAUAGUGGUAUAUAGUAUAUUUUAACUAGAUAGUAUCUCAUUAUAAUGCAUUUUUAUUAUUUUAACGUUAUGUUGGAAAAUAGAAUGACUGACUGAAAUACAGUAGUUAUCUCCAUAUAAUAAGAUAUCUUUGUUUUUUAAUUAGAGUGGGAGCAACGGGCUUCCAUAUAUUAAAAUUAUGCAGUGAAGUCUUUUAUUGUCAACAUUCAAACCAACAUGAUGACUCUUCAACAACAUUUAAUUUCUCUUUGGGAUCAAUAAAGUACUUCUUAAUUUGAAUGUCUUCUAGGGUUUCAAGAUCAAGAUGGAAGAAUCUAUAUAGACCAAAACUGUUUCAAGGAAAGUAGUUUUUUUUUUUUUUUUUUUUUUUUUUUUUUU